AUGCCUAUUGUUGAUCGUCAGUCUAAUCGAAUAGACCUUAGUCAUCAAAAUGGUGCAGUAGACGCAUCUGUUCUGGAACAUUUACGUCACGCACUGCAUCUCAAUAGUUUUUUUUUUCACUUAGACCUUUCUUACAACACGCUUGACAGUGAAUCUGCUUCUAUGCUAUGUACGAUCUUUAAAGAUAAAAACUCUCUUAAAACUUUUUCUCUUGGGUCGUGUGGUAUUACGGAUAAAAUGUUCACGUUUCAGCUUGUUCCUGCUCUUUGCGCGCGUGAGGUGCCGAUUUUAUUACUGGAUCUAAGCAAAAACGAUGGUAUUACGGAUAAAAGUAUUGACGCGCUUUGUCACUUUCUGCAGGUCGCUAACAUACUGGAUUUACGACUGUCCGGCACUAAAAUUAACCCUAAGAGCGCGAAAGUCCUUCUUAAGGCACUCGAGUCCAAUACCACACUCGAACACCUCGAGCUACCCUUUACGGUUGGGUUUGGGGUGCUAAAUCGCGCAAAAGUGUUGCUGCGUCGGAAUUUGCGUCUAGCCAAAGACGUGAACCAUUUGGAGCUUGAGGACAACACCAAGGCACUUGUGCGACAUGAGGUCACGCCGUUGGGUUCGCCAAGCAACGACGCGCUGUUGGGAGAUGGCAUGUUCAAUAAAUUUUCUGCUAUAAGGAAUCUUCCCAGUUUACAGAAUGGCUCAUUUAUGCGAGGUCUUGAUACCUUCAAUCGUCCACGAAAAGUUUCCAUUCCAACUUCGAGCUCGGAUGCCAUCUUUUUUGGUGGCAACGGAAAGGCCACCAGAUCGCAAUUAGCACUUGCCAACCUUGAAAAAAAUUAUACUGCCAGGGAGACUACUGAUCGCAUUUUUUUACGUGGCAAGGUGAUGCCGCAUUCGAACCAGGGGUUGGAGCGACGAGGGCCGUACUGGCGGCAGCGCCUACAAGAUGUCUACGAUACCUUAAAUCUUAGCGAUCCAGUCUCUACUCCAGUUUCCUAUUGGGCAGAUCCCGCCUUAAACCGCUCCUUAAAAUGUCUUUGCUUUCUGGAAGGAACGCUAUAA